AUGCCUCUGCUGUGCGCUGCAAUGCAAUCGGACUGGGCGCCGUGGGUAGACGUCGGCGACGGCUCCGGGGAUGCGGUGUACGACAGCUCGCCUGUGGUGCCGUACGAUGAAUCCCAAACGACACCACUGGUUCCGCAGAGCCCCGAUCCGGAUAUCGAGUUCCGGCCUCGGGGUGCUGCAGGCGGCGUUACCGAAGCGCGGCACGCGCCCGAGGCGCCGUCGGAAGCUGGACCUGCCGCCGCCUCGGUGCCGGCGGCUGUCGACGGCGAUGGAUCGCCUCAGUCAGAGCCAGCUGGAAGUACCGGUAAAUCAUCGGACUUCUUCCCUCCGCCUCUUCCCCCCAUGUGGGACUCAAGGAUGAAAGAGCUCACUGGCGAUGUACGGAUUAUAAGCUCAGUCAAGAACCAGGCAAGCUGUAACUCUUGCGUAUCCUUCGCCGUGAUCGCUGCCGCGGAGACGGCUUACGCGCUUGGUCGCCGCAUCAGCGCUGCCUGGGUAGACUUCUCCGAGCACAGCCUUUUCUUCUGCGACUCGGCACUAGCCGCCAGCCCCCCAAACUGCAACUACGGUUGGAACGUACCAGACGCGCUGGCCGCGUUGCAGCGGUCGGGGGUAUAUUUGGACUGUUGUCGGGAGUACAACCCUACCUUGGGGUCGAGCAAAUGUGAGUCGCCAGCUCGGCCGGGAUCGUGUCGCGCGGGUCGGCAGGUGACGGAUUGCAGGCCGCAUCCGGGGAGGUGGGAAGUGCGGGAGGUGCUGUGGGGCUCGGCGGCGGCUGCAAACGUGAGCGCGGCAAAGGAGCUGGUCAUGAGUGCAGGCAGCGCGGUGGCGUGUUUCCGGGAAUUCUCGGAUACGAAGAGGAUCGGUCGCGAGAUCUACCGUGACAACCCGGCCGCAGUUUCCCGGGGCUACCACUGCGCCCAGCUGAUUGGUUGGGACGACGAGGCGGGAUACUGGCUGUUCAAGAGCUCCUGGGGCGAAGAUCUGGGCGACAACGGCUUCUACCGGGACAUAUUCGCAUUCAAUCCCCGAGCCAUAUCUCACUCUAGACGUCUGCCGCCUGAGCACUUGCGGGUGUUGUGUGCCAGGCACAUCACUGGCGUGGGGGUUAUUCCCAAGGGGAUAUCGCCAGGGGGCAUUGCGCGUGUCACGAUUAUCAUAGCAGCAGCCCCCCAACCAACCAACGACGUGAUGCACUCCAUACAGUUCGCCUGA